AUGGAGAGUCCACCAGAACGAGAGGAGGGAGACGCGAUUACGCAGGACGAUGCAUGGAGUGUGGCCAGCGCCUACGUUGCAGAGAACGGCUUGGCUCGGCACCAGCUGGAUUCCUUCGAGGAAUUCGUCCAGUCAGCAAUGCAAGAGAUCGUUGACGAAGCGCCUGAGAUCGAAAUCCAAGAGGGGCCGCAGGAAGGUGGUCAGCAGGCAAGCCACUUGAAGGGUUCGUUGACUGGAUUUUUGACCCAGGUCAGCCACAUAAUCAAAUUUGGGCAGGUCUACCUGAGCAAGCCCUCCACGAAGGAGGCCGAUGGCGAAACCCUAGGCCUCUCCCCGAAGGAAGCCCGGCUACGCAACCGGACCUACGCGGGCGCGCUGUACGCGGACGCAAAGCGGACGUCCGUACGAGUGGGCUCCUCCAGAGAGGAGCCGGUGGACACGGAGAUUUACGAGAAGGUUUUCCUUGGAAAGCUGCCCAUCAUGGUGCGCUCCAGCUUCUGCGCGCUCUCCGGAUUGUCCGACGCGCAGCGCGCGCGCGCCGGCGACUGUCCCUACGAUCCGGGGGGCUACUACAUCAUCAACGGCGCAGAAAAGGUGCUCAUUGCACAAGAGCGAAUGAGCAACGGCCACGUGUACGUUUACAAGAAGUCUCCGUAUGCAUACGUGGCAGAGGUGCGGUCGCAGGCGGACGGUGCGUACCGGGAAGCCAGCAGUCUGUAUGUGCGGAUGCUUUCGGGAAGCGCGAAAGGGGCGACUGGGAAGCCGAUACGAUGCAAGCUUCCCUCCAUAAAGGGUGACGUCCCCAUUGUUCCGUUGUUCUUCGCUCUGGGCGUCACAGCGGAAGAGCACAUCUUGGAGCGGAUCUGCUACAAUCUGGAGGACCGCGAGAUGCUGGAGCUCCUGCGGCCGUCGCUGGAGGAGGCAGCUGACGUGUCCAGCCAAGAGGCCGCGCUCGAUUACAUCGGCGGCAAAGCCGCUUCUCACCUCAACGGAGACACGCCGCGCGCGCGCGCGCGCGAGCUUCUGCAGACGCACCUUCUGCCGCACGUGGGCACCGAGGACACUCAAUCGUGCGCGACUAACAAGGCGUACUUCCUGGGUUACGUCAUCCACCGUCUGCUGACGUGUGCGCUGGGCCGGCGGGCAGAGGACGACAGGGAGCACUACGGGAGCAAACGGCUGUACCUGGCGGCGCCGCUGAUGGGGGGGCUCUUCUGCGCGCUGUUCCGCCACAUGACCAACGGCGCGCGGAAGUACCUUCAGAAGCUGGUGGAAAAAGGCCAGAAGAUGGACCUGACGUCAGCCGUGAACGCCAAAAUCAUUACACACGGGUUCAACUAUUCUUUGGCGACCGGAAUGUGGGGAGAGCGAGGGACCGUGGGGAUGAUACCAGGGGUGUCUCAGGACCUCGAACGCGACACAUACGCCUGGACGAUAUCCCUGCUCCGCCACAUCGCUUCCCCCCUCUCGGAGAAGGGCAAACUGUCCAAACCGCGCCAGCUCCACAACUCCCACUGGGGCAGGAUCUGCCCGGUGGAAACCCCCGAGGGCGCGUCUUGUGGGCUGACGAAGAGCCUGGCGCUGAGCGCGUAUGUGUCGGUUGGGUCUCCCCCCGGCCCGCUGCUGGAGUUUCUAGACGAGUGGAUAACCGAGAGGCCGGAGAACAUUUCACCGAGCGCUCUCGCCGAAUCGACCAAGAUUUUUGUCAACGGCGCCUGGGUGGGCGUCCACCGGGACCCACAGCUUUUGGUGUCAACGCUGCGCCAGCUGCGGCGCCAGGUGGGCGGUAACACCGAGUUGGGCAUCGUUCCGGACGUCCGCAACGGAGAGCUCAGGCUGCACACGGACGCCGGAAGGCUCUGCCGGCCGCUGUUCGUGGUGGAAAACGGGAAGCCGGUGAUGAAGAAACGGGCGCGGCGAGAGGAGACCAACAACGAGGACGGCGGCCCGGUCUGCUGGCGCGCGCUGCUCGCCGCGGGCGGCAUCGAAUAUCUGGACGCGGCGGAGGAAGAGACGGCCAUGGUCGCCAUGACCCUCGCCGACCUCGCGCGCGCUCGCGCGCGCCCGCGCGACGCUCUCGCCGACGUCAGCUAUGCCCACUGCGAGAUCCACCCGUCGCUCAUCUUCGGCGCCUGCGGUUCCGCCGUUCCGUUCCCGGACCACAACCAGCCGGUCCGGAACACGAUGCAGGCCAAGAUGGCGACGCAAUCCUGCGGGAUCCCCCUCACUAACUACCAGCUGAGGCUGGACACGACGACGCACGUGCUGUGCGACCCGCAGAAGCCGCUGGUGACGACACGUGGCGCGGGGUGUUCGCACUUUCGGGAGCUGCGCGCGGGCCAAAACGCGAUCGUGGCGAUUAUGUGCUACUCGGGGUAUAACCAGGAGGACACUGUGAUUAUGAAUCAGGCGUUCAUCGACCGGGGGCUCUUCCGGUCGCUUUACUACAGGACGAUCAGGGACGAAGAGAAGACGGUGGACGGGAAGAGAGGUCUGAAAGAGAGGAUCGAGCGUCCGGACCCAACGAAGACAGCCAAAAUGUAUCUCGGCAGCUUCGACAAGCUGGACUCCGACGGAUUGGUGGAGCCGGGCACCCGCAUCUCGAGCGGGGACGCGCCUGACGUGGUAAUCGGGAAGACUGCCCCGGUGGCACCGGUUGAUGAACCACCGGGCGAAGCAAGUCGGGUCAACUGCAGCACCCUCCAGAAGCAAGACGGCAUCAUCGAUCAGGUACUCCUGACGGAGAACGAGAGCGGGCAGAAAUUGGUGAAGGUCCGCGCGCGCUCGGUGCGGGUCCCGCAGAUCGGGGACAAGUUCAGCAGCCGGCACGGGCAGAAGGGCGUCGUGGGCAUGACGUUACCACAGGAGGACAUGCCAUUCACCCGGGAUGGCGUCACGCCUGAUAUCAUCGUGAACCCGCAUGCUAUCCCCGGCCGCAUGACGAUCGGCCACCUCAUCGAGUGCGCGGCCGGCAAGGCCGCCGCCUGCAAGGGGAAGGAGUGGGACGCCACGCCCUUUGCUGACGUCACGGUCGAAAGUUUCCCGGUCAAGAAAAUGGACGAGACCGAGCUGAAGCAGCUCGGAGUCGGCGGCCGGUGCGAGAUCUGCCGAAGGAAGCUAGCGGUUGGGGACGCGUGUCAGCAGAUGGCACCCUGCGGCCACGUGUUCCACUCUGAUUGCCUGGCGCCGCGCCUAGAGGAGGGAAACGCGUGCCCAAGUUGCCUCAACGUGGUGGACCAGGUUUCUACGGCGCUCCAAGCGUGCGGUUAUCAGAACAGGGGAAAUGAGGCAAUGUACAACGGGAAAACGGGGCGCAAACUAGAGGCGAGGGAUCUUUGUGGGGCCAAUCUUUUACCAGCGGCUCAAGCACAUGGUGGAGGACAAGAUUUGCGGCAGAGCAAGGGGCCCGAUGCAGGCAAGGGCUCUGAUUCUCUGUGUUUCUUCAUCUCGUAUUUACUUUCCGCGAGCUUUGAAGAGGUGUCGCGUCAGUUUCGGUGCGGACCACCCUUGGAGACCAAACUUACGCAGAAGUACGAGCCGGUGCUGCCCGGCGAUUCAUUUCUCGUCCCGCUGACGCGGCAGCCCGUGAAGGGCCGCGGCAAGGCGGGCGGGCUGCGCUUUGGGGAGAUGGAGCGCGAUCGCGCGAUUGCGCACGGCGCCGCGCGUUUCCUGAAGGAGCGCAUGAUGGACCAGAGCGACGCCUGCCGCGCGCACCUCUGCGCGCGGUGCGGCCUGCUCGCGAGCGCGCGCGGGUGCCCGGGGUGUGCGACGUCGGCGGUGGUACAGGUGGAAAUACCGUAUGCCUGCAAGCUUCUGUUCCAAGAGCUUAUGGCGAUGGGCAUAGCUCCUCGGAUGUACGCCUAA